AGCACCCAUCCGAAAGCAAGUUGUGCAACCGAUAUACCCACCCCAAACAGAAACUUUACUGUACUGCUUUUCGUCCUUCUUUCGAAUCCAUCACAGUUUCCUCUCGCGCUCCAGAAAUAAACAACAAGAUGGCGACUGAGGAGGCUCCCGUGAAGAUCAGCCCCAAGUACGUGAUUAAGCCGGCGAAAGACGUCGAGCCAGCCGAGGUGUUUUGCUGCAAAUUUUCCCCGGACGACCAGAACCUGGCGGUGUCCUACGCCGAUGGCACCAUCCGGGUUUUCAACGCGGAAACGGGCAGUGAGGAAUUCACGCUGAACAACCGGAAAGAGGAAGAAUUCGCGAGCGAAGACGGCGGCGAGGGGGAGGAUGACGCGCUUAUACGGGCGUACUUUCUAAAAUUGCAUCAUUGUUGCUCCUCGUCGACCUGUGUACCGUCGCAUUGCUGUGUGCACGAAAAAAUGAAUGUCAUGAGGAAAAAGUAUAAGCAUGAACAUGAUCUCCAUAGUAUGGGACAAAGUCUACUAUUUCUCAAAAAUCACUAUCAGGAUGAAGCCCCCAUGCUUCCCAACCACCCAAGUGCGAUGGCGGCCAUCCGGGUCGGAAAGUCGAACGAAAAAUGUGUUGAUCUCGGUGAACGCAGAAAACGACGGCGAAGUGCAGCACUGGCACAUAAAGAGCGGAAAGUGCCUGCACACAAUCGAAGAGAAGGGUAGAAAAACUUUCAAAAUACUUGUUUCGCACAGUACGAAUAUAGAAAAUCUCGAUCAACAGGAUCUUUUCGAAUAGCAUAUCUGCAUGAUGCUACGUUUUCAAAUAAAGAAAGAUCCGUAUCAUGAUCGCAAACGACUGUCCACACCAGAUAACCAAAUCUUCUGCCUGGACUACUAUCACACGGGCGCGCUUUUCGCCACCGCUGGAAGGGACUACAAGGUUCGCGUGUACGACGAGGCCACGAAGCGGCUAACGACCACGCUGGAGGGCGGAGAUUUCCAGAAAACCGCCGGACACUCAAAUCGAGUCUUCAGUGUAAAGUUCCAUCCGUCAAACCCAAAUCUCAUCGUGUCAGCGGGAUGGGACAACACGGUAUGCAAACAGUUUGGGGCUUGAUUUGCACCACGCUUGACCCAUGGAUGCAUGGAGAUCCAUCUUGUACUUGCGUGAUGAGUUAUCAGAUUCGAAUUUGCAUCAGUUGGCGUUUCAGUUCAAGAUCUCCACACAACUAAAAUAAAGGUCCAAGUCUGGGACACGCGGAAAGGGCAAAGUAUUCGGAGUAUCUACGGGGCCUACAUUUGCGGGGACGCUGUGGAUUUGAAUCACGACGGGUCGGAAAUUUUGACGGCUUCCUACAGAACAACGGUACAGAGAAGUUUUUUCGUUCUAGUCUUUCGGUUUUCUUUGCAGGUCGAAGAACACACGACAUCAUAGUGCAGUGGUUUACAGUGACCAUGGAAAACAAGAAAGACCAGUAAAAGUCUACUGUAUCUAGCAUCUGUAGCGCACAUCACCUGUACUGCAUCUGCUUUGCUGCAUCACGGAACAAAGUUUACUCCAACAACCUCAGGAUACGCUUCAAGUGUGGGACUUCGGCACGGGUAGCUUGAAGCAGACCAUUCCGUGGCGACCACCAGGCCAUCUGAGUAGCGCCGAGUGCAUGGCGUUCGCAGCGCAAUACUCGCAGCCGGACUCAAGGUAUCAGACCUCUAAUAUCUAACGUUGUUUCUUGGGUGUACAGAAUUUCUUAUUGCAUUUUAUGGCAUCUCUCUUGCCGAGCUUGCAACAGCUUCUGGCUUUGACAUGUCUCACCGAACGACAGGUACAUCGUCGCGGGUGGGUCGCAAAACAACGAGGCAAAGGUGUUUGACGCCAAGACCUACAACUGCUUGGGCGUCGUGUCGACACCUAAGCCGGUGUUCACUGUGGAUUUCAACUCCAAGUGCAACGCGUUCGUGAUCGGAUCCGCAGACGGCUGCGUGCGCGUGCUCAACAUGCCCAAGUUUCACUGAGCAAGUUCUUGCUGAGAAUAAGCAUAAUUUCUCUCAUGAUCUCGCAGUUCUUCGCUGAUACUGUAAGUACUUACCUCCUUGCACCCGUGUAAGAAAGAGAAAGAAUCAAAAGCUCUAUUGUUCCCGGCGACAGUGACCGGAACCUGACGAUGAAAAUAGCGACUCUUUAGAAUUGCUACCUUCGAGAAUGAAACCCACUUGUACUUGGAGUACGACGAGAAAAGUUAUCUUACUAGUAGAAUGUUGAUCUUGAUGCAUCAACUUGAACGUUUUUGCGCAGGUUUUUCUUGAAAAAACGAGUACCAAGGUGGCACACGAGAAACCUUGACAACGCGAGCAAAGAUUCUGAAUAGAAACAGAAUAUGCGGAGUUGCUCCCGAAAAGCUUCAGAAUACAUCAUGGCUACCAUCGAUAGGAACAAAACUGAUCUGGUUUCCUCCGUGAAAAAUCAAUCCCAC